AUGGCUUCCCUCAAGGAACAGCUAGAGACAUUGGCGAACAACUAUACAGCUUGCGAUAUAUCAGAUGCCCUCCUCAAACUCCAAAGAGUCCCCGAAGGUGGCACCGCACGCGCUGGCUUCCUAGCAGAUCUCACCCCCUUCUCGCCGAUAAUCGGCAGAAACGAGCAAACCCAAAGAAUCGCCGCCCCAGCAACAACCUUCAAAUUCCUCUCCAAAAAAGACAACCCACCCGCAAUCGCCGUCGAAAAUCCCGAGAAACACGGAUUCCCGCCGGGAAAGCACUGGGUGGACUUUGUGGGCGACUUUGCCGCGGCGGACCCGUCGAAUGUCGGGUCGAUUGUGGUCAUCGAUCAACCUAGGGAUCAGUAUUGUGCUGUGACGGGUGGGAUUAUGGCGACGAGGAUGAAGGUGCUUGGGAUUCGGGCGACGGUUGUGAAUGGGAGGGUUAGGGAUUUGAGGGAGUUGAUUGAGACGAAACUUCCGAUUUGGGCUCGCGGGACGUCGACGGUUGGGACGGGUGCUGAGGCGAAGGCUGUUGUGCGGGAUGUCCCUAUUACGAUUGAAGGGGUGACUGUUUCUCCUGGUGAUAUUAUCUUUUGUGAUCCUAUGGAGGGUGUAGUUGCUAUUCCGCGCGACUUGCUCGAGCCCGUCAUGGAGCUGAUGCCCAAGCUGAUUAGUAUGGAUGAUCAAGCCAAGGAAGCAGUCGCACAGGGGAUGACCGUCGCGGAAGCUUUCAAGACAUUCCGGGCUUAA